CCACUCAAAUUCGAAGAAGCAAAAAACCCCACUUCCUCACUCUCUUCCACAAAACAAAUUCAAACAAAAAAAAACCCAGAAUUUUAUUAUUAUCAUCAUAAAAAGCAGCAGCAGAAGAAAGGAGAAAAAAAAAUAAAUGGCGUAUAUUCUGCCAAAUCUUUCUCCAACUCUUCUCCAGCCCAAAGAUAGACUCCUCUCCGCCAUUGCCGCCCCCCUCUCCUCCCACGCGCCGCCGCUUCACACAAAGCUCGAGCCUCCUCCGCCGCGCGCCCUCGCUCAGGUCAACCGCACCACCGGCGCUAACGAUAACAAGCAGCAGCACGACCACCGCAACGAUUUCUAUGUCAAUUUAGGUCUCGCCGUCCGUACUCUCCGCGAAGACAUGCCCUCGAUCUUCACCAAAGACCUCAAUUACGACAUUUACAGAGAUGAUGUGACGUUCAUCGAUCCGCUCAACACCUUCACCGGAAUCGAGAAAUACCGGUUGAUAUUUUGGGCGCUGAGGUUUCACGGCAGGAUUCUGUUCAGGGAGAUUUCACUCGACGUGUUGAGAAUCUGGCAGCCGUCGGAGAAUAUGAUUCUGAUCAGAUGGAAUCUCCGGGGAAUCCCCCGCGUGCCGUGGGAGGCGAAGGGCGAGUUUCAGGGGACUUCGCGGUAUAAAUUGGAUCGAAACGGGAAGAUUUACGAGCACAAGGUCGAUAAUCUGGCGUUCAAUCUGCCGCAGACGUUGAGGCCUGCUGCCUCUGUUUUGGACCUCGUUGCGGCCUCGUGCCCUGCCACGCCUAACCCGACCUUCUCCUUCGAGUCGUGCUCGUGUUCAUCGUGCUCGUGGCUCGAGUUUUACAAGGCUGUGAGGGAUACACUUGAUCAAGAGGAGGUGGUGAUCCCUCAAGAUUGCUUGGCUUGUUCAUAGAUUUACGGAUGUAUACGUAGAUAGAUAGAGCCUAUAUGUGUACUAGCCAUAGCCAAAUAUCACAAUCAUAUUAUUAUAUAUAUAAGCAUAAUGUUCAAUUUAUACUCAA